GGUUGACAAAGAACUGGAACAAGAUGAUAUCUGUGCUCCAAAGCGUCAAGGCAACAAUGGCCUGGCGGAAACAUGAGCUCCUAGCUGACUUCGAUGAGAAUGAGAGCCCUGUACCUGACAAAUUCAAGAGAAGGGCUGCUUCGAGUUCCCUCAAUACCAUCCGCAUGUCUCUAAGGAAGCGAGUACCAUUAAAGCAAGUAGAGCUGAAUUUUCGUAAGACCCCAACUUGGCAAAGUCUGGAGGCAAGACAGAAGCGCCAAACUCUUCAGAGUAUUAAAACAACAGCAAAAAAUGCUUUUGGAACAGUAUCCCAGAAAAUACAGAAGACUUACCAAAGCCCUGUCCGCUCAGUGGUGACCCUUCCAGCUGAAUCCAUUGGCAGAAGCUGUGCAACCAGUUCUACCAAGAAAAGAAGUACUACACCUCGAACCCUUUGCCAUAAGAAGAGUGUUACUCUGGCAGGCAGUUCCAAAGACACCCCAAGAUCCAGCAAAAGAGCCUUGCUUGGGCCAACAAGGGUGUCAGAACAUAGAGAAUGGAGGGGUUUCUCAUCCUGGCUUGGUAAAGAUGCUGUCUCUCUCCGGAGAUCAAGAAGAGCAGCAGCACUGAAAAGCCCUUAUUCAUCACCUGCUCCUGCCAGCAGAAACAUGGAGUUUGACUGUGAGUUGGAGCUGGUCUCCUCAGGGAUCUGCCAACUGAAGCAUAUCUCCCAGGCUUUUGAUGAUGCCAUUGUGCAAGAGGAGAGGCAACACGCAAUAUCAAACUACUACUACCUAGUGACACAGAACUUACAGUCUGUGCAUCGAUCUCGGAAACUUUCUCACGCUAUCAAAAGGCAAGCGAAGAAACUCCAUCGAGCACUUGACACCUAGACACAGAUGGCUGUAACUAUUGUGAGUUUACGUGGAUCAAGGAGAGCUCUAUACAUAUAGCACUUGAUAGGGUGCACUCUAUACAGUGCAGACCAUUACAUUUAUAAUCUUUCUUGACAAAGUAGCUCAGGACUUCCUUUGCUUUUUCUUUUCAAGCUAACAGGAGAAUCAAAAUUGUACCAGUGUAUUAUCUCCUGCUGAGGUGAGGGACCAUCUUGAAUGUGACUUUCAUAAGGCAGUAAGUACUUAGAAACUUAUGUUGAACUGACCAGUAGGAAUGGCCAGAGUAUGGGCCACAGACUUAUGAAUACCAGUAUUUAGACUGGUAUCCAAUUGCCACGAGUUCUAUUAUGAGUACUCUGCAUACUGAAAGUAUUGGUCUAUUAUUUUAAAAACCUAACUUUUUUUUUUUCUGUAUACAAACACACCAAAAGGUAACAUCAUGUUUACUGGAAGUUAAUGGAACAGUAGUGUCUUGUUUGAGUUCUGACCACAACGGCCAUUCCAAGGCAACAGGUUUCUGUAGAGUCACUCCUGCCACAAGAGAGGAGCGACAUCAGGACUCUAAUUCAUGGCCUUAAGGAUAAGCCUAACUCAUCCUAUCUUAAGUAGCUGGGUUCCAGACAAAUCAGAGGAGCUUUUUAAUUUUUUGCUGCUGCUUUAAAUAGCAUCUUGGCAGUAGAGUUAAACAUUGCUUUUAUACUACAACAUCUGUCUUUCAGUUAUACACAGAAAUUGGUAACUGCAAUUGUAACCUCUUAACGUUACUGUUACUAGCUAAUAUCCCAGUGCAGGUAUUUUAUCUGAUGUAUACUAAGCAUUUGAUACCUGCAUUUUGUUUCUAAUUACUUUUUUUAAAAAGUAAUGGUCAUUUGACAAGCCUUUUUUGGUAGGUGAUUCAGUUUAACGAAGUCUUUGACACUAAAGCAGAUUUCUCAAGCUUCUAGAAUUCAGCACCAGGGCUGUUUUCCAUGGUAGCAGCUUUGUGCAGGCAGAUCAGAUUACAGUCACUCUAAAAUGAACCUUCAAAAGACUGAUUUGGGAAACUUUGCUCUACUUGAUAAUUUUUAAGAUGCACAUGCAAUUUAGUAAAAUGGGAACCAAAAUUUUAAUGGUAUUAAAUAUAAAUAUGGGAAGCAGUCAUGUUCAAUUCUGAUUUAUGUCUAAGUAUUGAUUUUAAAUUUGUUCCUGAUUUUUCCUUUUUCUUGUCAAACUACAGUGUUUUAAAAUAUUGAAACAGUUAACGAGGCCUGAAGAUAUAAAAACAACCCUGAAUUCCAGGCUUUCAGAUAACUGAGAGCUUUAGCUUGUGUUACUUCUUGAUGUAGUUUUUGUGUGUGUUUUGUUUCUUUGUUUGUUUUAACCACCUUUCUCUAUGGAACAGUAGCUUGAAGUUAUUCUUUGCAUGUACUGAAACUACUUCUAUAAAGCUUUCACAA